AUGGACAUCAACCACCAUAAUAAGCUCAUAAACAGCGCUUGGGAUUUCCAACUGCCCAUCGAAGAACAAAUUCCCUUUAAUUCUUUUUGGCCAAAUGAUCAAGCUCUUCAGACCCACCAAGCACCAUCCUCUUCCAACCAUAAUAUUGUUUCCUCCCCAAAUGUAUUUGCUGAUCAUAUUGGAAUAAACCAAUUAGUGGAAGAAGAUCAGGGGGAGCCAGACGAGGAGCUUGGAGCCAUGAAGGAAAUGAUGUACAAGAUUGCCGCGAUGCAGCCGGUGGACAUUGAUCCGGCCACAAUCCAAAGGCCGAAAAGGCGAAACGUUCGGAUUAGCGAGGACCCUCAAAGCGUGGCUGCGCGUCACAGACGAGAAAGGAUAAGCGAGAAAAUCCGGAUCCUCCAAAGACUCGUCCCCGGCGGCACAAAAAUGGACACGGCUUCUAUGCUAGACGAAGCCAUUUGCUACGUCAAGUUCUUGAAACGACAAAUUCGGUUGCUUCAAUCAACUCAGCACCCAGAAGGCAGCACCGGAGGAUUCAUCCCUCCGGCUGGACCUACAGGAUUCACCUACGGAGGUAAUUAG